AUGGUGAGAAAGGUGGUCGUUGUGACUGGGAGUGCGUCAGGUAUGGGCCUCGCAACAGCCACCAGUCUUGCUAGUAGUGGAGCCCAUCUUGCUCUCUGGGAUAUCAACAGCAGCAAGCUUAAAGAAAUCGCGAAGUCCUUCAAAGCCCAAUAUUCGGGGAAGAUACUGGCUCAAACUGUCGACGUGUCGGACCGCUCUGCUGUCAAGGCCGCCUUGAUGGAGGCACAGCAUCACCUCGGCCCCAUUAAUGCAAUUGCAAAUUUUGCGGGGACCGGUGGUCAUCAAUUGGGAGUGGAACCGAUUUGGGAGACAAGCGAUGAGGAGUUUGAGUUCAUUACCAACCUGAAUAUCAGAGGUCUUUUUAACAUACUUGGUGAAGCUUUGACUCCUGGUUUCCUUGGUGAACUUCAAAGCAUUGUGCAUAUUGCGAGCAUGUUCGGUACUCGAGGUUACAAGAACGGAGCAGUCUUCGCUGCUAGCAAGCAUGCUGCAGUCGGGAUGGUCAAAAGCGCAGCCCUCGAGGUUGGAUCAAGGGGCAUCCGAGUGAACUGCAUUCUACCUGGACCUAUCGACACACCUAUGUUUCAUCAAGUCAGAGAAAACGCCGGUCUGUCUUCCUCCGCAUCAGAUACGCCGAUUCCUCGGCCUGGUCAACCUGAGGAAGUUGCAAGCAUUGCAGUAUUCUUACUGGGUGACCAGAGUAGUUAUGUGACAGGGGCCGUAUGGAAUGUGGAUGGUGGGGCAAAUGCUUGA